AAUAUUUGAUUAUCUAUUAUUUUCGCUCAACUGUAUUACGACAAUGGAAAGUAUGGAUGAGGGUAAAAAGAGAGAUCAUCUAUCAGCACAUGUUUUUGUUAAACUUGGCUUAAUGCUCGUAUCAUCUUUGAAGUUACAUAUACAAGUUAGUGUCUUUUGUAUUUAUAAAGUACUAAGUAUAUAUCUAAGAUUUAUAAAAAAGCAAAUCUAAAAAUACGUUGGGAGUGUGAAAGAAAAUUAACUUUGAUAACUUGAUUCAGAGACUGGGGCUGCUACUAAUUUCGCGCUCUACCACUGAUCUAAAGGCUGCAUUGUAACCCAUUAGUUCAUGUUAUUUUGGAAAUCAUUGAUAUGUAGAUUUGACAUUGUGCCAAAAUCCGCUCACGUACUUUUCUACACAUGUAUAUGUAGCAAAUUUGUGUAUUCAAUUUGAGUUGAGUUUGCAAUUCAAACAAAUAUCCCUUCUAGCUUUAUGUUUAAAACAAAAAUGACAGCUCUUAUGCGACAGAUAAUUUUUAUUGAAGUAGUAUAAUGGCCAGGAAGUCACUUACUCUGGACGAUCUUCAUGUGGUUGAGAAAGAGGAAAAUAUCCCAUUGAAACGAAGAUUGUCAUUUGGAAACCAACCACUAAAUGAACAGGAAGUGAGGUCUCCAGGAGUGGUGAAGUUUCUGCUUGGAAGAGCAGAUGGUUCAAAUAUUUUUGCUGAUUGCACGACUGUGAAAUCCACCUCAUCCCUCAAUGACUGCCAUCGUAGAAUUUGUAUUACAGAAGUGGCCCCAUCCCACAGUAGUUUUAUUGGACUUGAUAAAGAAGAGGACUGGAAACUUUCUAUCAAUGAGUUUUCUUCUAAAAGGCAUGGCAAAAGCAGCAGAAAACUUCCAAAGCGCAUCAGAACUUUUUACAAGCACCAGGAUGAAGUGAUAACUGCCUUUGAGGAUAUUCAUUUUGGUGUUGAUGAUGCUAUGGAGCAUGCUGAAGAGGAGGAAGAAAAACGGAAAAAGGCUAAUAUACUUGCCAAGGUUUCCCUUGCUGCCAACGUGUGUCUUUUGGGAGCAAAGUUAGUUGCAGCAAUUUUGUCAGGUUCCAUUUCCAUAAUCUCAAGUUUAGUGGAUAGUGUAGUGGAUCUGUCUUCAGGAAUUGUGAUAGCAGUCACAGAGAGGGCCAUGAGAAAGCGGGAUUUAUACGAAUAUCCUGAAGGUCGUACAAAGUUAGAACCAAUAGCCAUUGUUGUGCUGUCUGUGAUAAUGAGCCUGGCAUCUGUUCAGCUCAUUGUAGAAAGUGCAGAGAAAAUAGUGGAAUUAGCAACGGGGAAAGAGGGGCAUCCUGAUGUUAACGUGGUCACGAUUGUGAUUGUGUGCUCAACUGUCGCAGUCAAGAUCGUUCUUUUUCUGGUGUGUAGGAGAGUGAGAACACCUUCUGUUGAUGCCUUGACUCGAGAUCACAGGAACGAUAUCCUCUCUAAUAUAAUUGCCAUUGUGUUUGGAUACAUAGGUUCUAAGAAUAUGUAUGAACAGUAUAAAGUUUCAGAAUUGGUGUAUCUAGAUCCUGUUGGAGCCAUCCUGAUAUCUCUGUACAUCCUCUUUGGCUGGUGGUCCACUGGUUAUGGACAAAUCAAGAUGUUGACUGGACACACAGCAAAGCCUGAUUUCCUACAGAAAUUAACCUGGAUUUGUGUAAAUCAUCACCCAAAACUCCGAUAUUUGGACACGGUCCGUGCAUUUCAUUUUGGAGUGAACUUCCUAGUGGAGGUGGAUAUAGUGUUGCCAGAGGAUAUGACAUUAAAAGAAGCUCAUAAUAUUGGUGAACCAUUGCAGCGCAAACUAGAAUGUUUACCUGAGGUAGAGAGAGCUUUUGUGCAUUUGGAUUAUGAGUUUGAACAUAGGCCAUCUGAUGAACAUAAACAAGUAUUUCGACAUUGUAAAUCAGCUGACAUGGAGAGCAUCCAGAGAGCCAUACGAGAGGAAUUGCAGAAGAAUCGAAAAUUCGUAAAAACCAUGGAAGACUUUUCAACAAUGAAAACCAAUGAGGAGAGGGUACGUUUUGCUUGGUCAUUAUCGGUUGUUCAAAAACACAUACAUCUUGAAGAAUAUGACAAUAGGAAAAAUUCUGAAGAAUCGUGUCAAAUCAGAAUUAAAGGCAACCAGUUCUUCCAGAAGAAAAAUUACGCAAAGUCCUUAAAACUUUACACAGCAAGUGUGUUAAAAGCCCCAGUGACAAGCAUGAACUGUUUUGAUAGAUCGGAACCAAACACGGACACCAGGGAUGUCGAUUUAGCCAAUGCUUAUGCAAACCGAUCUGCAGCCUUGUUCCAUCUUGACGACUAUGUUGCUUGUUUGUGGAAUGCAGAACUGGCUUUCCAAUUUGGAUAUCCCAAAGAAAACCAUUACAAACUUCAUGAUCGACAAGGAAAGUGCCACAGAAAAUUGAAUGAUUUCACAAAAGCACAACAAUCCUUUCAGAAGGCUGUGGAAUCUUUAGAAUUUUCUAAUCUUGAUGAGAAGAAGAGGCAACAUUUUACCCAGAACUUGCAACGUCUGAUAGAGGAAAUAAGAUGUGAAGACUGCAGUGAGGACCCAGAGAAGGAGCUGGAGGGUUCCAGCAGAGCUGUUAACCGUUUCCACUCAAAUGUGCCUCAGAUUGACAAAAACUCGCAAAACCCCGUGUUCUUGUCAGCAAGUUCUGUCAUUGGCUUAAGAGAGAGUGAUGAAAUGGGGCGUGGACUAAUGGCGUCCGCUGAUAUUAAAGUUGGAGAAGUUGUAGCAGUGGAGAAGCCCUUUGCCUCAGUUAAUCUCUGCGAGAGAGAACAAGAGUACUGUAGUCACUGCUGCAGAAGGGUUAACUCCCCUGUGCCGUGUCAGCAAUGCUGUGAUGUUGCAUUUUGUUCUCUUCAGUGUCAUGAGGAAGGAUGGGCAGAAUAUCACAGAGAUGAAUGUAAAAUUAUAAGACAUGUUCAAAAUAUGAAGUCAAAGUUAGGGCAUUUAGGACUUCGAAUUGUGAUGAAAGCCGGGUUUGCUAAUCUUAUGCAGGAGCGUAGUAAUUUUUGUGCUGAUGAUGUGUCUGAGAGUCUUGGAUUCACUAAAAAUGGCCAUUAUGAUUCAGAAGAUUACCACGCUUUGUACACGCUGGUGAACCAUGGCGACAAAAGGACACCAGAAGACUUAUUUGACAAAGCAGUGCAGACAGUAUACCUAUUAAAGUGUUUAGAACUGACCUCCUUCUUUAAGGGUGGCCUAGUUGGGCAGGAAGAAGAUGCAAGAUGUUACAUAGGGGGACAUAUUUUAAGACAAAUACAAAUGCUGCCCUGUAAUGCUCAUGAAAUUUCAGAAAUCCACUGGAAACCUGGAGACCCCACUGUAACAAACACGACAGAGAUCGGGUCCGGAGCUUACGCUCUUCUCAGCCUCAUCAACCAUUCUUGUGAUCCGUCAGUGGUUCGACACAGUUACGGGAAUGUCUGUGUUGUCAGAGCAAUCAAGCCGAUUAAAAAAGGUGAGGAAAUCCUCGACAAUUAUGGAGCACUCUAUCCAUUAUCCGUAAGAGCCGAGCGACGAGCAAAAUUAAGACCAUCCUAUUUCUUUGACUGUAACUGCGAAGCUUGUCAGUUGGAUCUCCCUCUGUAUUUUGAUAUUCCCACAGAUACUCCUGUGUUCAAAUGUGGAGAGUGUGCUGGGCCUAUAUUCAUUGUGCCAGACAAACAUCUGGCCGACUCGGAGUGUUCAUCUUGUCACAGGAGGCAAGACCUGACACAAACCGUUAAGGAAUUGCAGGAUUCAACCAAUAAAUAUCAUGUUGCAUUGGAGAGGGUGCUUUCGGAGGUCGACAUACAGGCAGCAUUACAGGUGUUGUUGAACCACCUUGAUUUCCUGAUGACUCACAUUUCUAUACCUUGGAGAGACAUCAAUAAUUGUCAAGAGGCAAUUAAGCAGUGCUUUGCCACACUAGCUAAUUCUUACAUUUUGCCUUAAGUGAACCGAUGCACGACACUAUUUUCUGAUGAAUGUAUUUGUGGACAUAUUCUCUAUAAUGUGACUGAAUGCUUUAGACUUAUAUACAUUGAUUUUGUGUCCCUGUGUCCUUCAUAUUAGCAUCCCUUGUUCAGUAGUAUUUGGCACUUUGUCAAACCAUUAAUUAGCUUCUCUGUAUUUGAGAUAGAAUUACACCUAAUUUCAUACCCAUUGUCUUCACCAAUACAUUUGUACAUCUACCAAUGAAAUUCAGUACAGUAUACAUGCAUGUAUAAGUUGGAAAUUCAAGAAGGAAUGUUUAAUUAUUUUGGUGCUUCUAUAUAUAUUUAUAAAUGGAUAUUGAUUGAAUAUAAACCAUCUUGUUCCGUAAA